AUGGAUGAUGCAGAUACCAGAGGCCGACAAGCCACAACCUAUACCCCGGGAGAACUGGCCGCCUAUCGGGACCUCACUCAAAAGUCAUGUAACACACCGAAGCUCCUCGGAUACAAGACCGGUACUCAGAAACGGUCAGGGCUAGUUCCGGGUGGGUUUAUUAUCUGGCUUGCGUGGGAAAUCGUUCCAGGACUACGCCUCGGAGAUAGCUUUGGGGCUAAGCCAUUUUGGGCUCUUAAAAGCGACGAAAGAGAGCAAAUCCGCGCAGUCUUUGCUAAGGCUCUUCUCAAGCUACGAGAGAACGGGUGGUACCCCUGGGUGACCCGCGCAAGAAAUCUGGUUUGGCACCGGGAGACGCAAACACUUUACUUUAUCGGACACUUCAGCAAGGCCGGCAAGCCCAAACGUCCGGUCGAGGUUCGUCCCAAGUUGAUAGCGAUGUUCGAGCUCGCCAAACCGGACUCUCCAGAUUUCAUGAGAAAGGACGAUCAGGAUCAAAACACAUCACUCUGGGAAUGGUAG